GUCAGCAGGGAUCUAGAAAACGCUUCCCCUCAGCCGGACUUGAACAACAGGAUGGCCACCUGACCCAAGUAGAAGUAAAUGAAAUGCUUGGUCUCAUGAGUCACGUAACUGCCGAAGUUCCUCCCAACGAUGCAGUGCCAAGCAGCGAUGUCUUUUUCGAUGUUGUACUUCUCCAGGGCCUGUGUGGCACACUCCACGGCGUCCUGCUGCAUGUCCUCCGACAUGUCGGCGUUUUUGAUCACUGCCUUUCUGUCAGACAUGGUUGCCCUGGGAAACCGAAAUACAGCAGAGAAUUCAUCACUCACGGGCUCAUUGAAACAGACACGCAAGGCAAC